AUGCUGUUGAAUCCACUGUAUAUGAUCAAGAAAAUGGUUGAGCAACUUUGCUUUGAGUAUGAGAGUUGCAGGAAAUUUCCUCGUUGUUUCCAAAUUACACGAGGUGGAAGAAAGAGACGGGAAAUUUUCGAAGAUUCCUCGCUAGUUGCUACUCAGUGUAUCCUCAAACAGUCAAACUUGGCUUGUAGACACAGAGAAAAGAAAGAUGUCAAGAGAAGGAUCCAACUUGCUGAGCAGCAACACUUGUUCUGUACAAACCUAGUGAAAAGCUGGGUAGAGAGAGUAAAAGUUAUGGAGGAGGUGGUUAAUGAAAUUCUGCAAAAAGGGGAUCUUGAGAUGCAGAACAAAUGUUUUAGAAGUCGAUGUCCUAAGAAUUGGCGAUCCUGCUACAAACUUGGAAAGAUGGUAAUCCAGAAGCUCAAUUCUGUCAGGGAACUAGUGAAUAAAGGCAAUUUUGAUAUUGUUGCUUAAAGCUAGACUCAACAUUUGAAAGAGUUUGGAGAUGCCUUGAAGACCCAAAUGUUGGGGUUUUCGGGUUGUAUGGAAUGGGGGGAGUCGGUAAAACUACCCUCUUAAAGAAAAAGAUUAACAAUGAGCACAUAGCCCAUAACUAUUUCUUUCACUAGAAAUACCAUCUUUGAAGCAUUCUUCAAAAUCUCGCCACUGGAUAGAAAAGCUCAAAAUUCUUUAAUCUAAGCAUGACAAUGCCUAAAACUUUUGAUUAGAGGGGCGUUCCGAGAAUCGAACUCGGGACCUCUCGCACCCAAAGCGAGAAUCAUACCACUAGACCAAACGCCCAGCUUGUCUUGAUUUGUGCUACUUAUUCCUUUGGCGGAAACUAAGAAAUCCAGGAUGAGCUCGAACUAGAAAAACGUUACUAUGCAUAAUUCUUUAGCAAACACUCCCUUAACUUGAAUGCAUUUAAGUUUGAACAA